UAGGCAGGCAGGCAGACUCUCUCACACAUAUAUGGCUGACUUGAUUUGAGAUCUGUUUCACGCAUUCUGGCAACAAAUCAGCAUCCUCAUUCUGACCUUACUCGCCACCCACCGAUUGCUCCUCUCUUCCUUUCCACACUAUCUAAGUAACCUAUCAAUUACUCAUCACAUUACCUUUUCUUUCUGCUCUUUCAUAAACACCCCCACCUUUUGCAUCCUCAACACAGGGAUCUUCAGUCUUAGCUCAUCACGAAUUGGAGCUUUUUUCUGUGUGUGGUUCGAGUUCAGUGGGGAUCAUGUUCAAGCAAUCGCCUCGUAGAAACCAGAGGAAUAAAGGGAUCAAAGUGAAGCAUGUAUUGCAGAUAAGUCUGCUUCUUGGAGUUGGGAUCUGGUUGCUUUACCAGGUGCAGCAAUCUCGCACUAAGAAGCUGUCUCUAGAAACCACGGAUGUUUCAGGAAAGAUACAGGAUGUGGCCGAUAAUAUUAAGCUAGGGCGGAAGGAUCUCCAACCGAAGAUAGAUGGUGAAGACGAGAGGCCAAAAGAGGAUCAGUCGGAGGAACAAGAGCAGUUUGAUGAUGAAAAUAAGCCAGAUGACAGUUGGCAGGAGAAGGAGAAGCCAGCAGGAGAGAGUGAGAGUGAAGUUGAUGGAAAUGACGGAGCAGGGGAUAGUAGGAGUGAUGGUGAAGAGAAGGAAGUGAAGGGAGGUGAAGAGAAUGAGAAUGGCGAAGGUGAUGUCAAAGAAAAUGGGGACAGCGCUGAAAAUGGAAGUGUGAGUAAUGAGGAGAAAGACAAUGGUGGUAAUGAAGGGGAUAUAAAAGAGUUUACGAGUGAAAAGAAAUUGGAGGAGAAUGAAAGCUCAACUGAAGGAAUUACGGAGAAUGUGAGUCUGGACAAGAGUGAAGAUACGACACAACAGAACAACAGCGAGGAGGAGAACAAAACUGAAGAAACUGCAGGACAGAAUGAGAGUGAGGAGAACAAAAAUGAAGAUACUGCGGGGCAGAAUGAGAGCACAGAGAAUAAGGGGGAAGAAACAACAGGACAGAAUGAGAGCAGUGAGAAUAAGGGUGAGGAAACAACGGGACAGAAUGAGAGCAGUGAGAAUAAGGGUGAGGAAACAACGGGGCAGAACGAGAGUGGUGAGAAUAAGAGUGAGGAAACGACAGGGAAGAAUGAGAGCACCGAUAAUAAGAGUGAGGAAACCAUGGGACAGAAUGAGAGCACCGAGAAAAAGAGCGAAGAAACCGAGGGACAGAAUGAGAACACCAAUAAGAGUGAGGAAACGACGGGGCAGAACGAGAGUGGUGAGAAUAAGAGUGAGGAAACGACAGGGAAGAAUGAGAGCACCGAUAAUAAGAGUGUGGAAACCACGGGACAGAAUGAGAGCACCGAAAAAAAGAGCGAAGAAACCGGGGGACAGAAUGAGAACACCAAUAAGAGUGAGGAAACGACGGGGCAGAAUGAGAGCAGUGAGAAUAAGAGUGAGGAAACAACGGGACAGAAUGAGAGCAGUGAGAAUAAGAGUGAGGAAACCACGGGACAGAAUGAGAGCACCGAGAAAAAGAGCGAAGAAACGACAGGGCAGAAUGAGAGCACCGAGAACAAGACUGAGGAAACUACAGGCCAGAAUGAGAGCACUGAGAAAAAGAGUGAAGAAGCCGAGGGACAGAAUGAGAACACCAAUAAGAGUGAGGAAACAACGGGGCAGAAUGAGAGCAGUGAGAACAAGACUGAGGAAACGACAGGACAGAAUGAGAGCACCGAGAAUAAGACUGAGGAAUCAACCGGGCAGAAUGAGAGCACCGAGAACAAGACUGAGGAAACGACAGGGCAGAAUGAGAGCACCGAGAGCAAGACUGAGGAAACAACAGGGAAGAAUGAGAGCACCGAGAACAAGACGAAGGAAACUACAGGCCAGAAUGAGAGCACCGAAAACAAGACUGAGGAAACGUCAGGCCAGAAUGAGAGCACCCAGAACAAGGCUGAGGAAACGACGGGGCAGAAUGAGAGCACAGAGAAGAAAGCUGAGGAAACAAGCGGUGAUAAUGAGAAGAAAGAGACAACCAGUGAAGGGCAGAAUGAGAACAAAAGUGAAGAGGGUGAGGGUGUGGGUUCAAAUGAGACUCCUAACACCACUGAAAGCAAUUCUGGAGAGAGUGGUAGUAGCACUUCGUACAACGACAGCAAUGGCAGCGAUGCUGCUGGAGAAAGCAAAUCAUCUACACUUCCUCAAGAAGACAAAGAGGCUAAUACGAACAUUCCACAAGGUGGAGAAUCCUACAACCAUGAGGCCACUGCCAUGUGAUGUUAGUUUGUACUUGACAAGUCUUCUUCUUUGUUGGUUUAGAUUCUUUAUCCUCUUUACUUUGUUAUAUAUAUUGCAAAAGCAAUGCUUGUACUAUUUGUAUCAUUACAUACUGAUGAGACUUAUCAAGCAGCAUGCUGUAUCCAAGUUUUUUGCUCAUUCAUGUUCUUAA